UUAUCAGCUCUUACUGCCAAAAUUAUGUCAACAAAAAUGACUUUGUAGCUGUAGGAGAAUACAAGAAAAGCAACAUCAAGCAUGGAGGCUUCAAGUUCUGCUCAUAUAGGGAAUCCCCCCACUACAACUAUGCGCCCUUUCUCCCCUACACCCACCUCUCAUGGCUACCUGCAGUUCUUCUGGGAGUACCAGGACAAUUCUGUCAUUGUGGAGCAUUACAACUACACGGGCAAGCUGCAGGGAGACCGCUACCGUGAAGGGCUCAAACCUGAGGGUAUUGCAUUCCUGGUGGUGUGUCUCCUCAUCGUCCUGGAGAACGCAGUGGUUCUUCUCGCUAUUUGGAGGAACAAGAAGUUCCACUUGCCCAUGUAUUACCUUCUGGGAAACCUGACUCUGUCUGACCUGCUGGCUGGGAUUGCCUACAUGGCAAACAUCAUCAUGUCUGGACCCUAUACUUUGAAACUGACACCACUGAUGUGGUUUCUCAGGGAGGGAGGGGUCUUCAUCACUCUGGCUGCUUCUAUCAUUAGUCUGCUCGCCAUUGCAAUCGAACGUCAUGUUACUAUGGUGACUAUGAGGCCAUACCACGGGGCAAAGCGGGGAAGGAUGUUGGCACUGAUUGGUGCAAGUUGGGCCCUUGCAGGGUUUUUGGGGGUCUUACCAAUUCUGGGAUGGAACUGCAUCCACAGACUGGACCAGUGUUCAACAGUCCUCCCACUUUAUGCCAAGAGCUACAUCCUCUUCUGUGUUUCUGUGUUCAGUGCAGUGCUCCUAGCCAUCGUGGUCCUUUAUGCCAGGGUUUUCCGCAUUGUCCGCAGCAACACGCAGCGUCAGAGGAUGGGCCUGUCAGGCAGCAUGAGAAAGGGAUUGGCGAGGAAGUCACAAAAGUACAUCGCCCUUCUCAAGACAGUCACCAUUGUGCUGGGUGUCUUCAUUGCAUGCUGGCUGCCCCUCUUUGUCCUCCUCCUCUUGGACUUUUUCUUCCCCACCCGCAGCUGCCGCUUGCUCUACAAGGCCGAUUACUUCCUGGGAGUAGCCAUGGUCAACUCACUCCUCAACCCCAUUAUAUAUACUCUGACCAGCAAGGACAUGAGGAGAGCAAUUCUGAGGCUGCUCUGUCGGCCGUGUCUCAUGACCAGAGAUGGUCAGGUGAAGAAGAUUGGGAUGCCAUUCCUGGAGUGCAGUUUCAGUAAAACCGAGGUGGCCUCCCAGAAGUUAGAAGGGGGACUAGAGACUACAAUCUCCUCUGGGAAUGUUAUCACCACCCCAUCUCCCAUUAAGGCCCUCUAUCCCAAACUCUUCAAGUCCUAAGGACAUAGACUGUCUGACUGAGUCCCUAAGAGCCUGGGUUUCUUACUAAACAGAGGACA